AUCAUCGCGUCCAAGAAACUGUACUAUCUCGAAUUGUUUGGCUGUUUUAUCUAGUGAAUCCUAUGUUGUAGCUGACUGACUGACUGACUGACGCGUAGAAACUAAUUUGAUUAAAACAACACUAUUGAAUGUUCAAUGUCAUUUAAUCUUCAUCAAACACAUUAUACAUCUAUAAAAACAACCUUUAGAAAUUCUGCAAAACUCUUAUUACCAUCUAAGGCAUUAUCUAACAAACAUUAUAAGAGUAAAUUAAUUGUGGCAGAUACUACUGGUGAUAUACAUUCAUUUCAAUAUAUUAAUGGAUUAAAGGUAAAUAAGACAGAGUAAAACGUUGUUGUAAUGUAUAUAUACUUAUAUAUAUUUCUAAUAGCAUACAAAAUUUUCUGUGGGAUCACCAAUUACAUGUAUUUGUAUUGGAACAUAUCAAAAUAAUGAGAAACAACGUAUUAUUAGUGUUUGUCAUAAUUUUAAUAUAUCUGGAUUUACAUUAAAAGGAAAACAAAUUUUUGAAUAUUCUUCAACUAUUCAAGGUCAUGUGAAUUCAAUGUUUAUACAAUCUACAAAUAUUUAUUACACUGUAGGAUGUAUGUAUCAACAAUUAACAAAUUUUAAAGAUACUGAAUUUCUUCUAUUACCUGAUAUUAUUACAAGUAUAUAUGUGAUUAAUAAUGAUGCUACAUGUUCAAUACCACUUGUUGUUCUUGCUUGUAAAGAUAAAUUAAUACGUAUUUUGAAAAAUGGUGUACUGUUAUGCGAAUUGGAAAUUUCUAGUUCACCAGUCACCAUAAAUAGAGCGCAUAAAAGUUAUCCUUCAAAUUAUUUAAUGUAUGGAACAUCAGAAGGUUAUUUUGGUCUUUUUCAAGUGACAAGUGAAAAUGUCACAAGAAUAUGGGAAGCCUCAUCAAAAUUUGGUACCAGUGAAAUUCUAUCACUGGAACACUAUAAUAUGUUGAAUUAUGACGGUAACAAAAACAAUAGCAAUGAUGAUGAUGAUGAUGAUAGUGAAAAUACUGAAGAGGUAUUAAUUGUCGCUUUCACAAAUGGAAGAAUCGAACUGUAUAAAUAUGAUCAACAUAAAUAUCCAUUACUGAUGUAUGAAACGAAAGUGAAUUAUCACUUAACAUCCGUGAUGGCUGGUCGAUUUUCUGAUGUAAAUUAUCCGGAACUUUUAUGCAUUACAUAUACUGGUUUGAUUUUUGGUUUAACUACACAACCAAUCAGAAAAGAAACAUUCUUCGAUCAACCUGACGUAAUGGAACUUCAAUUUAUGUCAAAAGUGGAUAAAUUAAAUGAAGAAAUUUCAAAUUUAGAAAAUCAAUUACAAUUAAUGAAAUUGAAUCAAAAACAAAUUGAAAAAGAACAAAUUAUUUUAAUACCAUUAGAAUUAGAUUAUAAAUUUUAUUUAAAUAAAGACCUAUCUGUAUAUUGUUUAAAUAUCGAAACCCAAAUACCAAUUGAUCAUAUAUUAAUACAAAGUAAUUGUCCAAUUGAUUUAUUCGAUCUUGAAGAGAAUACAGCUGUAAGUAGUUCAAGUGAAUGUACAAAAGAUGACGGGAAUGCAUUAUUGACAACGUAUCGGUGCCAAGUGAAUACAACACGGUUUGACAUUCAAUUUCGUACGGUUGAAGGUCAUUACGGUCAUGUAUCUGUGUAUGUAGUACCAAAAAUAAAUUUAUCAAAUAUGGUUACAUGUAAAUGUAUUAAGUUAUUAAUACAUCCAUUAUCAUUACAUUGUUUAACUCAUCAUAUAGAAGAUGAACCGUUAAAAAGAUAUUGGAACAGUUUACAACUAACUGGAAAUUUCUCUUUAACGGAAAUGCAUAAUUGGUUAUCUAUGUCCUUACCUGAAACCCCUGAAAGGCCCACAUUAAUUAAUUCGGAUACAAAACAAGGUGAUAAAAAUGACAAUCACGAUAGUGAAGAAUCUGCGCAACUGUUCUAUAAAUCAAUUUAUCUUAAAAGUCAAUUGAAAUGCGUUUAUGCAAAAGGUUAUGCUAAUCUCCAAUCGGACAAUCUCUCUACAAUUGCUAUAUUGAAAGAUGUCUUAACUAAAGAAGCUACUAAAAAGAAAAUUCAAUUAUCAAUUAACUUAGGUACUCUUCAUUAUCUUGUUAUCAAAUUUGGAAGGUGAACCGACUUGUACUCAAACAUUCAGUGAUAAGUUAGUCGGUAUAACUAUAAAAAGUUGUAGUUAUGUUAAAAUAAUUUUUGUAAGAAGUUUAAACUACUUGUCUAAUAUAUAAG